AUGGAAGACGUGGCAGUGGGGACUGAGGAGAUCCUGAAGUAUUCCUUCCACCGUCCGACCACAUCCCCAGUCGAGCUCCCCACCUCCACUGUCGACAGUGUUGGUGGCACACUGCUGUGGCGCAGACAGUUUGGCAGAAUUUCUUCAUCCAUAGUCCUCCUACAUGGUCUCCCUAAACCCCUGGCAGACUUGAGUUUUUGCCGCCAGAACCGCUCGGGCUGUGGCAUGCCUGGCCUGCCGGUACCCGUCAGCUGCCUAGGGAGUCCCAUAAGCCAACAAGGCUCAGUAAGACUCCUUCUUCAGCUUGACAGUGUCCCUUACUUCUGGGGUCCACCACUGGGUUCGGGGGUUGCCGCCAUGACAGACACCAGAGACCUUGUGACCACAGCUAUGUGCAGCUGCUUCAACAGUGGAGGUGGAGAACAUGGUCCACUCGGACUCAAUGUCCCCAGCCUCCCCCGAAAUCUGGGAGAAGGUCUCCUGGAGGUGGGAGUUGGAGACCGCGCUGACAUCAGGCUCCAUCAGAUGUUCCCAACAAACCCUCAAAACAUGUUUGGGCCUGCCCAGUCUGUCCGGCUUCCUCCUCUGCCAGUGGAUCCAACUCACCGCCCGGUGGUGAUCGGUUGA